UGUUUGUAGGGAAUCCAGAAAAAACUAGCAGGACCUUCUUGCGAGUCAAGAGGAACAUGAUGAUGCCACUGGUGCUGCUGCUGGUGGUCGCGGUGGGGAUGACCGUGUCCCGCCCGAUAAGAGACAAAGAGAUGAGCAGUUCACCGCACUUCCACUGGACGGAGCCCUUACAACAUAGAACGCAGCUGCAAAUUUUUGCUAAGUCGAUGUCCCAUCUAUUUUCAGGCAAGCGCAUCCUGAGCUGCAGCAUAUGUAGCUCGCUCGUGAAAGGUGUGCUCACCGACAUCCGGCGUGGCCUGUCCGGUGAGGUGGUCAUCCACGACCUGAGGCGCACAUGCAAACUGUUUCGGCUCGCUGGCUCAAGGCGCGUCUGCGACGGCCUCGCUAGUACCUUUAAGGAUCAGUUCAUUUACGCCAUGAGGAAGACCCGGCUGAGCGCCGAACAGGUGUGCGGUUCGGUGUUGGGUGAAGAUUGCGGUGGCCAGGCGACGUUCAAGUGGACCAUCGCUCUGCCUGGAACCGAGAAGCCUGUCCCUGUGCCCCCCAGCCCGAAGCCAGGUGCCCCGACACUGCGUUUCCUGCAUAUCACCGACGUGCACGUUGACCUGAGAUACUCGGUAGGCAGCCGUGCCGAUUGUCUCGAGCCUCUUUGCUGUCGUGAGGAGAAUGGCAAGGCCAAUCGGCUCGGUAACAAUGCAGCUGGCUACUGGGGCUCCUUGCGCAAGUGCGACCUACCUGCCAGGACGCUCGAGAACAUGCUGAAGACUGUGCGUGACAACCUGAAGGUGGAUUACGUCAUCUGGACAGGCGACAUUGUCCCUCACGAUUACUGGAACACAUCGCGCGAGGGCAACAUUGCGGUGACUAAGUACACGGCGGACGCCAUCGCUAAGUUCCUGCCUGGCGUGCCAGUCUUCCCGGCGAUCGGAAACCAUGAGUCACACCCUAGCGACAGCUUCCCGCCACCCGAGACAAAAGGAGAGAUGUCAGUCGCCUGGCUCUACGGUGCCCUGGCUGAUCAGUGGUCGCGCUGGCUGCCCCCAUCUGCCACCAACACCCUACGAAGGGCUGGUUACUAUUCAGCAAGAUUGCGCCCUGGACUGAAGAUCAUUUCUUUGAAUACGAACUACUGCGACUCCUUGAAUGUGUGGCUCUUGAUAAACGCCACAGACCAGGCGCAGCAGUUAUCAUGGCUCGUUAAUGAGCUACAUGAAUCGGAAACAAUGGGCGAAAAGGUGCACAUCAUCGCGCAUAUUGCACCGGGUGUGUGGGAAUGCUUGCACGUGUGGAGCGACAACUACCACCGCAUCCUCGAAAGGUAUGAAGAUACAGUACGUGGUCAGUUUUUCGGGCACACGCAUGCCGACGAGGUUGAAGUUGCCUAUGACUCCAAGGACCCCAAACGAGCCCUCGGCGUGGCCUACCUAGGGCCAAGCCUCACGACGUACGGCUCGGGUCACCCUGCUUUCCGGGUAUUCACUGUGGACGCCGGCUACCCGGAAGCUUCUUGGACGAUCCUGGACCACCACACUUACCUGCUGAACUUGACCGCGGCCAACGCGCGACCCGACGUGCCACCUCGGUGGGAGCUCGAGUACAGCGCUCGUGCUGCGUACAACCUGUCGAGUCUAGAGCCUCAACAAUGGGACGCUUUGCUCUUGAGGAUGGAACGCGACGAUGAUCUAUUCUACAGGUUCUUCAGAUUUUACUACAAGGGGAUGCCUCGUACCAAGCGCUGCAACGGUUGGUGUCGGAGGAGGUUUCUUUGUAAGCAAAAGACCGCCAGCUCCUCGUACCUGAAGUGGUGUUAGGCAAGAGAUAAACGCCACAGGUAUUAAACACUCCAUUGACGAUAUCACAACACCACCAAGGGACAUUGAAGGAAGGCUUGGCAGAACCCGGAAUAUAGUACAUUCGAUGCAAAAUGUACUGUGGAACGUCACAAAGCUCGCUCCCUUGUCGUUUUCCGUCUUCAUUCCUGACCACUAAGAUAUUAAACAUCU